UUUCAAGCGCUCAGCACCAAAACCCUCAUUCUCCCCUUUUGUGUUGUGUGCCCUAGAAAAAAAAUGACAGACGUUCAGAUUAGAGACGAGGAGGAGAAGCGUGGGGGGUUUGAGAUGAUCCGAAAGAAGUUGGAGGAAUGGGACUUUUCACCUUAUUACUUUCAAAUUUUUAACAAGGAGGAAUCUCCCAAUUGGCGCCACCCUAUGUUCAUCGACAGCAUCGCUAACGGAAUGCUAGCCUUUUUCUAUGAAAGAUGCAACUAUUACCAAAGCUUCAAGUUCUCAAUUGAGCCAAUGAUAGUUGGUGAGGUGAAGCUUUGCACCUACUCCGAGUUGCAAAACAUUACUGAUUUCAAGCCUGAGAGCUUGAUUCAGAAGACUCUUUCAGGAAGAUUGUUUUGUGGCACCAUUGGUGAAGGAUCUGAAAAGCGACCGGCGAUUGUAAAGACAUGGGAUUUUCUCCUUCCUUUGGGAGACGAGCAUACUCAACGUCUACAUAAAUUUUGUGACGAGAUCGAGUUAUUCACAGAUGAAAGAGUAAAUACGCAUCCAAAUUUGUCGAAGUUGUAUAGGUACUGUUAUGAGACGAGGCUUGCAGCUGUCUAUGAUGAAAAAUUCACCAGAGUCUUGUCUGAUGUGCUUCUGGCUGAUGACUUUGGGUGGGAUGACCGGAUAAAAGUGGCAACUCAACUUGCAGAUCUCUUGGCAUGGUUGCAUGAAAAGAGUGUUGCAGUUGGCAGUGUUACUGCUUCAUGCAUUAUGAUAGAUGAGGAAGUAAAUAUAAAAGUAUUUGACUUUGGUCACUUUUCAAAUCAUGUGAGCGAAGAUUGUAAAAUUCCUGUUAAAGCUCGUGUUGGCAGGGAAGCUCCAGAGGUUGUAGCAGGUGAGCGGACGAUGAAGUCUGAUGUUUAUAUAUUUGGUCUUCUACUUCUGGAGCUAAUAAGCAAAAAGAAAUUUAAUUUUCGCGAGAAUCCUGUGAUUGUGAAAAAUUCAGUUUUAAAGGAGGCUUCACUUAGUGAAAAAUAUUUGGUUAAUGAAUGCUUCAAAGAAGUUGAUCAUCCAACUGCAUUUGAUAUCACACGUCUGGUAUUCCUCUGCAUGAAUCUGGAACCAGAAGAAAGGCCAAUGAUGAAGGAUGUUUUAGAUGCUUUGAGAGCACUGAGUACAGGAGUGAGGGGGGAGAAACGAAAAAGAAAUGAAAACGAGGCAGAAUAGAAUAAGCUAUCCUCUUGGAUUAAGCUGGUUUUACUUUUUGUAUAAACUGAAUUUCGUAAGGUAGUAACUAUAGACUCGAUUACUAAUAGUACUAGUUCGAAAGGCUCGUUGGAAUUGAACCGCUACGGGAUUAACAUUUAGCAACUUGUGUGGCAGCUUCUUUGUAGAAAAGGGAAGUAUUGUGAUGGAGUUAUGUAGAGGAAGAAUGUAGUGCCUGAAUACCCUAUGAAUUGGAGAUAUUCCAAUGCUUUAAGCAAACUAUUGUAGACGUGUAAUGGUUUGCCUCUUUUUUCC